AUGGAGAGAAGCACCUCCUUCAUCCUCUCCAUCGCAGGGCUCUAUGGUGUCAUUCUCCACGCAGCAGCAUGGUCUGUGAAUAACUUUCUGAUGACAGGACCUAAGGCUUACCUGACGUACUCCAGCAGCGUGGCGGCCGGGGCGCACAGCGGGAUGGAGGAGUGCAAGUUCCAGUUCGGAUGGGAGCGCUGGAACUGCCCCGAGAGCGCCCUGCAGCUCUCCACCCACAACCGGCUCCGCAGCGCUACCCGGGAAACAUCCUUCGUACACGCCAUCAGCUCGGCCGGCGUCAUGUACACCCUCACCAGGAACUGCAGCAUGGGAGACUUUGAGAGCUGAGACGCCAGAACCGGCCGCGUCGGUGGCCGAGGCUGGGUCUGGGGAGGAUGCAGCGACAACGUGGAGUUUGGGGAGAGGAUUUCCAAGCUCUUCGUGGAUGCUUUGGAAACAGGACACGAUACCCGCGCGCUGAUUAAUCUGCACAACAAUGAAGUCGGGAGAAUU